UUCAGAGGACAGCUCUUCUUUCUUGGUUUUUGCUUAGAUUUUGUUCACCUGAAUAAUCAGCCCAUUCAGAAGGGGAUCUUUUUCCCUCCCAGAGCACCAAAAUUGUGGAGUCCUUCAAUGCAUGGAAUGGCUCGGAAGCCAAUGCCUACACACAGAUGGAUCUGCUUCUUAGAGCCCCAACACUAUGACUAAACCUGAUCUUACACUCUUGCCAUUGUGAGACUGUGAGGAGUGGGCUAUAUCAGAAGAUGACAGUACAAGAUGUUCCUCGUGCCUUUCCCACAGUGGAUGUCCCAGAUCAUGCCCAUUAUACAAUUGGAGUUGUCAUUCUUAUAGUGGGGAUUACAGGAACUCUGGGUAAUUUCCUGGUCUUCUAUGCUUUCUGCAGGAGUAGGAGCCUUCAGACUCCAGCCAAUGUACUCAUCAUCAAUCUAGCUAUUAGUGACUUCCUGAUGUCCAUUACACAGUCUCCAGUUUUUUUCACCAGCAGCCUCUACAAACACUGGAUUUUUGGUGAGAAAGGCUGUGAGCUGUAUGCCUUCUGCGGAGCUCUUUUUGGCAUUACAUCUAUGAUCACUUUGAUGGUGAUUGCCUUGGACAGAUAUUUUGUCAUCACUAAACCUCUGGCUUCUGUUGGAGUGACGUCAAAGAAGAAGGCCCUAAUAAUCCUGGUAGGAGUCUGGCUGUACUCUUUGGCUUGGAGUCUCCCACCCUUCUUUGGAUGGAGUGCAUAUGUUCCUGAAGGUUUGCUGACUUCCUGUUCCUGGGACUAUAUGACUUUCACGCCAUCGGUCCGUGCCUACACGAUGCUGCUUUUCUGCUUUGUCUUUUUCAUUCCUUUGAUUGCUAUCAUAUACAGCUAUGUCUCUAUCUUUGAAGCUAUCAAGAAGGCCAACAAGUCUAUUCAGACAUUUGGAUGCAAACGUGGAAAUAGAGAGUUCCAGAAACAGUAUCAGAGGAUGAAAAAUGAGUGGAAGAUGGCCAAAAUUGCACUGAUUGUCAUCUUGUUUUUUGUCAUUUCCUGGUCACCAUACUCUGUUGUUGCUCUGGUAGCUUUUGCUGGGUAUUCCCACGUCCUGACACCUUUCAUGAACUCCAUACCAGCUGUGAUUGCCAAAGCUUCUGUCAUCCAUAACCCCAUCAUUUAUGCCAUCACUCACCCCAAAUACAGAAGAGCCAUUGCAACUUAUGUUCCUUGCCUUGGACCCCUACUGAGAGUUUCUCCUAAAGACUCACGGUCCUUCAGCAGUUACCACUCCUCCAGACGAGCGACCGUAACCAGCCAGUCUUCUGAGAUAAGUGGGCUGCAGAAAGGAAAAAAGAGACUGUCUUCUCUCUCUGACAGUGAAUCAGGCUGUACUGAAACAGAAACUGACACUCCCAGUAUGUUCUCCAGACUUGCCAGAAGACAAAUUUCCUAUGAAACAGAUAAAGACACAACUCAGACUAGUGACAUAAGAGCCAAACUGACAAGCCAGGAUUCUGGGAAUUGUGGGAAGACAGCUGUAGAUGCUGAUGACAUAUUGAUGGUGGAAUUGAAUGUCACAGAGUACAUGGCUACACCUACUCAAACAUCUAAAACAUGCAGCUUGGAGGAAAUCAAGGUCAGUUUUUGAAAUAUGCCAUGUCACCUAUUCAGUAAGAUGUUGUAUGUUGUAUUAG